UCAGAUUCCAGAAGCACCCAUACCCAGACAUCUUGAUUGAAUUGCUCCCAGGCUCCCAGCAUACAUAUAAAAACUCUAAACAAAGCUUAAAAUCACUUUUUAUCCAACUCACUGAUAUUUUGUGACCAGUGCUCAUACUCUAACUCUCUUCUCUGCAUCACAUACCUGUCCUGAAGAUCAAAGUGAGAAAGAGCCCAAUCCUUGUCCAAUCAAAACACAAAGCUAAAAUAACUCACCUGAUAAUAAAGACAACUUGAAGCAACUUCACAAACAUUGUAGCCUACCAUGCUUUCCUCAUUUUGGAUUAUUGGCCUGAUGUUUAGCAUCAUUCAUGUUGAAGGACUUGUUCAGGGCCCCAUGGAGAAACUCAUUGGGUAUCCAUUCAUGAGGUUAUGUGGUGAUCGUGUGGACAAAGGGCACAUUUUUGUAGAGUAUACAAGCAAGAUUCCUUCAUCUGAUGUGGGACAAGCAGAUUUCCAGAAUAUAAGAUUGAAAACUGAAGAUAUCAUAAUGGCCUUGGCUGAAUUAGAGGCAACAAAUCACAGAGAUAGUGCUAUGCAAGAUCUUUCUGAAUUUUUAGCAUUUGACAAGGCUGCAGGAUUCAAAAUCAAUUACGUGGUUGUAGAUACUGUUAGAGCCCGGGAUGGGAGCUCACUAGACCAUUGGACUCGGAACUCUUCAAGCCACUUUUAUUGUUUUAAAAGCUUAGCUCCUGAGCCAGCCCAGCUGAUCAAUCAAAUUUGCACCCAGAAAAUAUCUCAAAUUUUAUUCCCAGAGGCACAUACCUUGCCAUCCUCUUCCAAAGGACCAAGUGGUGAAAGGAUGCAAGAAGAGGAUCAACAUGGUCUAAACUUGUCAAAGGAUAUGGAUCUAAAAAGCCUCAAAGUGGGAGAGACCCAAAACUCAGAUAACAUUAUAGAGCCAGCUCCAAUCAAUCAUGAGAGCUAGGAGAUAGCUUUUUUGUGGAUCGGAGCUUCUAUUGAACAACUGGUCGGCUCUCAGAGUGAUAGCUCAAAUAAUUGAUUUUUCAAAAAAAAAACUGAGAUGUACUUUCUUCUUCUUCCACUUUAUUCUAAAAUUGAAUUCCCAUGGAUGGAAGAAAUCAAAUUGAAACCAUCUCACAUUCUUCUCUAUAAGAAAGAAUGAACAAGGAGAUCCAAGAAUUUCCUUAAGUUCUGAACUACCCUGGUCCUGUUCAAAAUAACAAAAUAAAAAUACAAAAAUUUUUAGAUGGAAAUCAAAACUUUUCUCUUUUCAUAUUCAUCUUCUUCUUCCUAUUUCAUCUCCCUUACUCCCAAUAUCUUUUGUACAGAGUUGGAUUUGUAACUUCUCAGGCUUUGUUCAUUCCUGUGAUCAUAAAUUAUCUAGUCAUCACCAAACAGUUUUUGCUGUCUUGUUUUACUCUUGCAGGGAUUUCCCAAAAUGUCUUUGUGAUGAGUAUGGACGAUGCAGUAAAUUCAGUGAGGAUGGAUGUCAAGUUCACUUGCUCAAAACAUCUGUUGUCUCUGGGAGGCAAA